UGUAUACUUUAAAGCAAAAACUGCGGGAGCCAAAGCCAUUGACGCCUUUGCAUUGAAACACACGUCAAAAUCCGACAAGUACGAUAUACCCUCAAGAUCUCUGCAGAAAACUCGACGCUUUUCUUGUUCAUCUGUUCACUUUGGAAGGUUCUUUUCGGUUUUGCUGUGGAGGAAGAUUGUUUCCGAUAUGACGGAGGAGAAUGACAAGUACGAUAAAGAGUUGGAUUUGGCUGUUAGAAUUGUGCAUUUGGCUUGUUCUUUAUGUCAAAAGGUGCAACAAAGCUUGGUUUCUGCUGCUUCUCGACAGGUUUUGGCUAAAGAUGAUGAUUCUCCUGUUACUGUUGCAGACUGGAGUGUCCAAGCAACUGUUAGUUGGCUGCUUUCCGAAUUCUUGGAAGGUCAGUGUGUGUCCAUUGUUGCUGAAGAAGAUGUCCAAACACUCUCCAAGACGGAUGCAGCAAGUUUACUUGCAGCUGUUGUGAACACUGUGAAUGAAUGCUUAACUGAAGCACCAAAGUAUGGUCUUCAGUGUCCAAAGAAAGGUCUCGAGACUUCACAAAUUCUUGAGGCUAUAAGUCGAUGCAACUCAACUGGGGGCCCAACUGGGAGACAUUGGGUGCUGGACCCUGUUGACGGGACAUUGGGAUUUAUACGUGGUGACCAAUAUGCUGUAGCUCUAGCCUUGAUCGAGGAUGGGAAGCUAGUUCUCGGAGUUCUUGGGUGUCCUAAUUACCCUAUGAAAAAGGAAUUGUUGAAUUAUAAUCAUCAGCAUGGCCAAACUAUGCCGAAGACUCCACCAUCUUCUGAUAUUUGGCAAAAAGGAUGUGUGAUGUAUGCAAAGAGAGGAAGUGGUCAGGCAUGGAUGCAACCAUUGAUCCAAGGGGAUAGAAAAUUUGAAUGGCCAAAUUCUGCUACGUUGGUACAUGCUUCUCCUGUUGAUGACCCAUCUCUGGCGACUUUUUGUGAACCCGUGGAAAAGGCAAAUUCAAACCACUUGUUUACAGCGGGACUUGCUAACAGCAUAGGUCUCAAAAACCAACCUAUGCGAGUCCAUAGCAUGGUAAAAUAUGCAGCAAUAGCCCGGGGCGAUGCUGAGGUUUUUAUAAAGUUUGCAAGAUCUGGGUACAAAGAGAAGAUAUGGGACCACGCUGCUGGUGUUGUCAUCGUAGAAGAGGCUGGUGGGGUUGCAACGGAUGCAGGAGGUCGCCCCUUGGACUUCAGUGGGGGAUUGUACUUAGAAGGUCUUGACCGGGGGAUUAUUGCUUGCUCUGGGCCGAUACUGCAUGAUAAAAUCAUUGGGGCUGUAUAUGCGAGCUGGGAUUCUUCUAAUCUAUGAGACUUCCUAUAUCUUGCCAAUGCAGUAAUACUGGAGUAUUAUAUGUUGAUUUUAUGAUGUGUCUUCAUCAAACUAUUUCAGGGCAAGCAUAUUCCGAGAAGGAUGUUGAUGAUGCUGCCAAUACCACUUACAAAUGACUUAGUGUCUGCUGAAAUAUAUUCUCGAAAAUUCCCAAGGAGGCCGGAGAACAUAUGGAUGCUGCCUCAUCUUUUGAUUACAUUUUCCCCGGUGAGAGCUAAAGUCAUGAACUAUUCCAACUACAAUCGGAAGCAUCAUCGUU